UUCUAUAAUAAUAAAAAGUUAAUUAAAUAACUCAUGCAAAAUAAUAAUUAUUGUGCUUAUUAAUAAUUUUUUAUGAAAACAUGAAUAAUUUAACAGAUGCACAUUGGUUUCCUUUAACAUCACAAGGAAAUAUUUAUUCAAUGACAAAAUUGUGUUCUGCCAAUGGUUUUAAUAAAGUACUAGUAGCUUCUCUAAAAAGAAAAAUAUAUUCCUGUGAAUAUCAUUUAAUGCCAAAUCUACAUUUAAGACCAUUGGUCAAAGAAUUACUUUUUACAUAUAUUCCUAGUGGUGCAGAAAUUAUAUCUAUUGAUGCUUAUAAUAAGAUUGAUAGUGGUGAUGGAUUUGUAAUAGGAAUAACUAUUUUAAAGGCAAGUACAGAUACGUCUGUAGAAAGAUAUUUAAAUAUAUAUACAGAAGGUGCUAUAGAUGGAGAAGGAGAUGAAGGAAAUUCAAUUGAAGCUAUAGCACAAAAUUGCCUUAUGGUUGAAUUACCAUAUACACCAUAUCAUUUAUAUCAUACAAUAUUACCACAACAAAAUGCUCCUAAUGAGGUUGUUUGGCUACUCUCUGGUAGUGAUUAUAAAAUACAUAUGAUCAGAGAAGAUAAAUUAAAUCACAGUUAUAGUGAAUCAUCUAUUGAAAAAUAUUUUCCUGAAUUAUAUGAUAUUCAAGGAAUUGCAAUAUGGAUUAAUAUUUAUUAUUAUGAUAGUUAUAAUUGGAGAUUGACAGUAAUUGGUUGUGAAUGUGGUUUAGUCAAUGUAGCUAUAAUUAAUAUUCCAGAAUUAAAAAUUUGUCAAAGUUGGAAAUUAAGAUAUGAUAAACCUAUCUGUAGUGUAUCUAUUUUUCCACUACAAAAUAAUAUUAGAAAACCUUCUUUUAUUAAUUCUAAAAAUUCCAAAAUGUUUUUAAAUAAUCAAGAAAACAAACUAAAUGUUCUUAUUGUAAAUACAAAUAAUGCAAUUGUUUUUAUGGAUAUUCUAAAUAAUGGAAUGAAUGAAGAUAUUAUAUUAAAUGGUAGUGAAACAAGUGAUUGCAUUUUAUGUUCUUAUGUUGCUGAUAUAAAUAUGGAUGGUCAGAAUGAAAUAUUACUGGGAACUUAUGGUCAAGAAGUUCUUAUUUUUUAUUUCAUAAAUAAUACAUGGGAAUUGAUAAUUAGAAAAUUAUUUGAUGCUCCAGUACAUUCUAUAUGUUAUAUGGAUAUUACUAAUGAUGGAAUGAAAGAACUUAUUGUUCUUACACAACGUGGAGUGCAUAUAUUGCAGCAUAAUAUUAUAGAUGUCAAAGAUAAAUGGAAAAAACGAUAUAAAAAAUUUCUU